AUGGGUUAAAGCAGAUCUCAAAACAGAAAAUAGCUUGAUUAGUCAAAAAUUAUUUACAUGUGUACUUUAAUUAAAAUGAAGCUGAACGAUUAUAACUGCAGUCGACAAGCAGUCAUUUUGCAAAAGGAAAAAGAUUUAUUACUUAGCAUAUAAAACAGCUAGUAGAAUACAAGAAAUUAGUAGUAAGAAAUACAUCAGCUCUCUUCUAUCAUUGAAAAUAUACUGAAUGUUCGCGCUGCUGAGUCAAUUAUAAGAAAAUGCGAUGUAGUGAAGGACCAUGCUUAGGUAAUUAGCUAAUCUCAAGGACGUCUGUAAUUGAUAAAGGAUCUUUCUCCUUUUAUUGAAAACAUUUGUUGGUCUAACUUGAUUUUUGGAAUGGACUGCAUAAAUUAGUUUAAAGAUGAAAUGCUUGGUUUUUAUGGAGAAGAUUUAGAAAAUAUCAUCCACUCCUCUGCUAAUAUUGAUGAUAGAGUCAGAAGAGCUCUUGCCCCAGCCAUAAUUGCAUCUUACGAUGAUCUUUGUGGGUAUGUAAAUAUGUUCUGCUCUAAAUAUAACAUAACUAUAACUUAGUUUAAUGAGAAUAUACACAACUUUGUUUAUGUUUAAAAUAUUCUCAAUAGCGCUUUUGGAAACUAAAAUAACAGUAACAUAAAUAUAUACUCUUAAUGCAACAAUUCUCAAAGUACUUAGCAUUAUCUCAAUGGAUUUUAACCAAUGAAUCAUUAUGAAAAUACCUUAAUAGCAUAAAACAAGCUUCAGAGUGGCCUUACUCGCUCUUCCCAAAAGGAAAAUAAAAAGACCAAGAUAUUUUUCUGCUACUGA